UUUUUGUGCUUAAUGGCGACUGGCCACACUGACACUUUAAAAAGAAUUCGCUAAAGAUCGCAGUUUUUUUUUUUUGACAGUUUAACUGUUCAAUUGUUUGUGUUAGAAGGUUUCGGAUUUGUAUUUUUUUUUUGCUUGAGCACGCACAAUCAUGGCCUGGGUCCCCAAUUCGCAGUUCGAGGAUGAUCUGGUCGCCAUGGAGCCGGAUUUUAAUUUUGUUCAUGGUCAGCUGGCCUACGAAAUCAAGAAGCAAGAGGAGUUUUGCCCGCGACCCAAGAGCACAUACGAAUAUUUAAAGUCUCGGGAAAAGAGGAAUUCCAAGCUCGAAAAUCUACACGAAAGCGCAGUCGGAAAGGGUCGCGAAAUUCGGGAUAGCCUUCGGCUAAUGGAAAAAAUCCAGAAGAUAGCGGGCACAAGGCCGCUGAGUGAGCACGCCACAAUGUCAGAUUGGGAGGAUGACAGCACAAAGGAACUGGAGGCCAUAGCCAUGAUGCGGCACUUCGGAAUGAUGUCCAUGGCGGAAGACUCGCUGCCCGUUGUGCCCGAUAUUAAACCUCUAGAAGGACCCAUUCACAUUAUAAGAAAUGGCCGGAAGCAAUUUCCCCUCAUCACAGACCCCGAAUUCUUCAGACCACGCAAGGUUCCCCGUCCGAAGAAUCCCAGUCCUAGUGGAUCCUAUCACACUGCCAAAAGUACACUCAGUCCCAUCAGUCUUUAUGGAUCUGUCAGGUCCUAUUCGGGCAGCAGCCAGGAAGAGGGUGAGAUCAAGGAGUUCAAGCCGGAGAAAUACCGCGAAAUAUCUUACCAACCGCUAGAAGAGAGUUUCGACUUGAACGUGGAAUCGCCAUUCCCCACUGAGGCUCUUCCUAGCCAGUUUGGAAACCCAAUCAGCCAGAAAGAAGGUCGCCGGCAAAACGGAGAUACUAAACCAAAGCAAUAACGUACCAAAGAAGUUUCUUUUAAAGUAAUGCGUUUAUCAGAAUCAAAAGAGCAAACACUAUAUAUAAGCUUCUUGCUCAUUUUUUUUAGUUUUGUUUCAUGAGUUGUUAAAUUUAUGAAAAUUCGCGGCUUAAAUGUCUUAAAAACCCGAAUUUAAAUUACACUUUAUCGACAUUUGUACAAGUGUAUAGUUAGUUGCCAAAUUCAAUCUGAAAUUUUAGAAAUACAAAGCAUUCUGGAUAUCAAAGGGUAAA